CCGGGGUCUCCGCCAUGCCCCCCAAGAAGCAGGCGCAGGCCGGGGGCAGCAAAAAGGCGGAGCAGAAGAAGAAGGAGAAGAUCAUCGAAGACAAAACUUUUGGUUUAAAGAAUAAGAAAGGAGCAAAGCAACAGAAGUUUAUCAAGGCUGUCACUCAUCAGGUUAAGUUUGGUCAACAAAAUCCUCGUCAGGUAGCACAAAGUGAAGCCGAGAAAAAAUUAAAGAAAGAUGAUAAAAAGAAAGAAUUACAAGAACUAAAUGAACUAUUUAAACCAGUAGUUGCUGCUCAAAAAAUAAGUAAAGGUGCGGAUCCCAAGUCUGUGGUAUGUGCAUUCUUUAAACAAGGACAGUGUACUAAAGGAGAUAAGUGUAAGUUCUCUCAUGACUUGACUCUGGAGAGAAAGUGUGAAAAGCGAAGUGUUUACAUUGAUGCAAGAGAUGAAGAACUUGAGAAAGAUACAAUGGAUAAUUGGGAUGAGAAAAAACUGGAAGAAGUAGUGAACAAGAAGCACGGUGAGGCGGAAAAGAAAAAACCAAAAACUCAAAUAGUUUGCAAGCAUUUCCUUGAAGCUAUUGAAAAUAACAAAUAUGGCUGGUUUUGGGUGUGCCCAGGAGGGGGUGAUAAUUGCAUGUAUCGUCAUGCACUUCCUCCUGGAUUUGUAUUAAAAAAAGAUAAAAAGAAAGAAGAAAAAGAAGAUGAAAUUUCAUUAGAAGAUCUAAUUGAAAGAGAGCGUUCUGCCCUAGGACCAAAUGUUACUAAAAUCACUCUAGAAUCUUUCCUUGCGUGGAAAAAAAGGAAAAGACAAGAAAAAAUUGAUAAACUUGAGCAAGAUAUGGAGAGAAGGAAAGCAGACUUCAAAGCAGGAAAAGCACUAGUGAUCAGUGGUCGUGAAGUAUUUGAAUUUCGUCCUGAACUGGUUGAUGAUGAUGAUGAGGAAGCAGAUGAUACCCGCUAUACCCAGGGAACCGGUGGUGAUGAGGUUGAUGAUUCAGUGAACGUAAAUGACAUAGAUUUAAGCCUGUAUAUACCAAGAGAUGUAGAUGAGACGGGUAUUACUGUAGCAAGUCUUGAAAGAUUUAGCACAUAUAUAUCAGAAAAAGAUGAAAACAAAUUAAGUGAAGCAUCCGGUGGUAGGGCUGAAAAUGGUGAAAGAAGUGAUUUGGAAGAGGACAAUGAAGGGGAGGAACAGGAAAAUGGAGUCAUUGAUGCUGUUCCUGUUGAUGAAAAUCUUUUUACUGGCGAAGAUUUGGAUGAACUAGAAGAAGAAUUAAACACACUUGACUUAGAAGAAUGACACAAAACAAAUUGAUAAAAAGAAUUAAGUCAGCUCAGCAUGAGUUGAAAUGGACAUUAAUUUUUUUUCACCUAGAAUUCUUCAACAGGAUGUUUAUUUUCCAUGCUGAUUCUGGAGGACUUACUUUCCUCCAAAAAGGAUAUUCCUGCAUCUUGUCUUCUGACUUGGGCUACAUCUCAUAGUAAGUUCAGAGUAGUUCACGAUAAAUUGGAAAUAUAAUGGAUCAUAACAGAAAAUGAUUGUUGUAAAAUGUUCAUUCAUCUAGGAAGUGUAAUUGCUUUUCCAGUUCUUGAUUUACAUUGGGCAUGUGUUACAAGAAAAACAUAAAUUUGAAAUUAGAUACCCUACAUUUACUAGUUUUUAAUAAGUGAUUUCAUUUGUGUUUAUAUGUUUAAAGGGAUGCUUAAAAUAGGAGUACUAUACUUCAUAAAAAGAACUGCAUAAGCAGAUUCAGUAUUACGCAUCUUUGGACAGCUUAGAUGGACAUUUAAAAUGAAACUUCUUUAAUGAUAGGAUCAGCAACGAUGCCCUUUGUUAAAUUGUUUUAAACUUUUCCCUCUUUUUUGCCAAUAAAGUUGUAAAUAAAGACCAUCAUACAUUAAAAUCUAAA